CAAUGCGCAAGCGUGCGCAUGCGCGAGGCUGAGGCGCGAUGGCAGGUGUCGGGGUCCGGCGGCAGCCGGCGAUGGUGCGGUUGGCGCUGCUGGUGCUUACUGUGUGUGCUGCGGGUACCCGUGGGCUGUAUUUCCACAUCGGCGAGACUGAAAAGCGCUGCUUCAUCGAAGAAAUACCCGACGAGACCAUGGUCAUCGGCAACUAUCGAACCCAGAUGUGGGACAAGCAGAAGGAGGUCUUCCUGCCGUCGACCCCUGGCCUGGGCAUGCAUGUAGAGGUGAAGGACCCGGACAGCAAGGUGGUACUGUCCCGGCAAUAUGGCUCUGAGGGGCGCUUCACGUUCACUUCCCACACACCCGGAGACCAUCAGAUUUGUCUACACUCCAACUCCACGAGGAUGGCUCUCUUCGCUGGAGGCAAACUGCGAGUACACUUGGACAUCCAGGUUGGGGAGCAUGCCAACAACUACCCUGAGAUUGCUGCUAAGGAUAAGCUAACAGAGCUACAGCUUCGUGCUCGACAGUUGCUUGAUCAGGUGGAACAGAUCCAGAAGGAGCAGGAUUAUCAGAGGUAUCGUGAAGAGCGCUUCCGUCUGACCAGUGAGAGCACCAACCAGAGGGUCCUGUGGUGGUCCAUCACCCAGACCGUCAUCCUCAUCCUCACUGGCAUCUGGCAGAUGCGUCACCUCAAGAGCUUCUUUGAGGCCAAGAAGCUGGUGUAGGCCUCUUGCCGUAUAACCUUUCCCUUUUACCUCAAUUAUUUGAUAAUUUCCCCCCAAGCCCCUUGUCCACCUGGAUUUUGAGGAGGAAAAAAUGAAAAAAGAGUGUGUCACGUUGAUCUCAUGGCAAUAAGCCAUUCAGAUCAGCUACCUUUGAUCCAGGUUCCCCAAGAAACAGACAUUCGUCCAAGCUUUCAAAAUCUGUCUUAGGCUUUGGGAGAACUUAGAAUUGACCCAGUCAUUUCUUUCACUUCUGGUGACUCUCCUCUGGUUUUGAAGAGAUGACUAAAUGCUCCUCUGUUUUCUCUUUGUCUGCUUGUACAGUAGGCAACUGGUGUGCCCAUGGAGGAGGCCCUGCCUCAAUGUUCCUGGGUCAGUCCUGAGUUCUCCCAAUGGCUUUGUGAAUGUAAAUAAGGGGCAGUUCUUGGCCCUGAAGGAUUGAGAUGUUUUUCUAUAUUUUAGAACUAUUUUUGGAUAAAUUAUAUAUUUUCCUUCCCGAGUGAAUUAUCAUUACUGCCUGUAACUAGCCAAAAAACACCAAUCCAGACCUUAUGCAUUCUACUUAGUUAUAUACAUUUUUAAUAACUGCCAUUCAGUGCUCAGGAUUUUGGCAGUCUAGGACCAGAAAGCAGAUACACUAGUUACUCACAAGUCCAUGUUAGAAGUCCAAGAAGGGUCCUCUUGAACACUUGUAAGUCCAAUCCCCCAGGGUCCCAAAGUUGGGAAAGAGUGACAGGACGACUUGGAGCAGUGCACUGGUCCCUCAAGUUUUUCCUAAGUGGUGGUAAACGUUUCGUAGGUUCUUUUCUGUCUUGGAGACAGCCUCACUCUCACUCUGGCUGACCCGAACUCCACAUGUAGACGAGACUAGCUUCAGAUCCACGUGUCUGCCUACCAAAUGCUGUGAAUUAAAGAGGCAUGUGAUACCA